AGAUGCACCCACUGGGCCUGUGUAAUAACAAUGAUGAAGAGGACUUGUAUGAAUAUGGCUGGGUAGGAGUGGUGAAGCUGGAACAGCCAGAAUUGGACCCGAAACCAUGCCUCACUGUCCUGGGCAAGGCCAAGCGAGCAGUGCAGCGGGGAGCCACUGCAGUCAUCUUUGAUGUGUCUGAAAACCCAGAAGCUAUCGACCAGCUAAACCAGGGCUCAGAAGACCCGCUCAAGAGGCCAGUGGUGUAUGUGAAGGGCGCAGAUGCCAUCAAGCUGAUGAACAUCGUCAACAAGCAGAAAGUGGCUCGAGCAAGGAUUCAGCACCGCCCUCCUCGACAACCCACUGAGUACUUUGACAUGGGGAUUUUCCUGGCUUUCUUCGUCGUGGUCUCCUUGGUCUGCCUCAUCCUCCUUGUCAAAAUCAAGUUGAAGCAGCGACGCAGUCAGAAUUCCAUGAAUAGGCUGGCUGUGCAGGCUCUGGAGAAGAUGGAAACCAGAAAGUUCAACUCCAAGAGCAAGGGACGCCGAGAGGGGAGCUGUGGGGCCCUGGACACGCUCAGCAGCAGCUCCACGUCCGACUGUGCCAUCUGCCUCGAGAAGUACAUCGAUGGAGAGGAGCUGCGGGUGAUCCCCUGUACUCACCGCUUUCACAGGAAGUGUGUGGACCCGUGGCUGCUGCAGCACCACACCUGCCCCCACUGUCGGCACAACAUCAUAGAACAAAAGGGAAACCCAAGCGCCGUGUGCGUGGAGACCGGCAACCUCGCGCGCAGCCGGCAGCAGAGGGUGAUCUUGCCGGUCCACUACCCCGGCCACGUGCACAGGACCAACGCCAUCCCAGCCUACCCUACAAGGACAAGCAUGGACUCCCACGGGAACCCCGUCACGCUGCUGACUGUGGACCGGCACGGGGAGCAGAGCCUCUAUUCGCCACAGACCCCCACCUACAUCCGCGGCUACCCACCCCUCCACCUGGACCACACCCUGGCCCCUCACCGCUGCGGCCUGGAGCACCGGGCCUACUCACCAGCCCACCCCUUCCGCAGGCCCAAGUUCAGCAGCCGCAGCUUCUCCAAGGCAGCUUGCUUCUCCCAGUAUGAGACCAUGUACCAACACUACUACUUCCAGGGCCUCAGCUACCCCGAGCAGGAGGGUCAGGCCCCGCCCAGCCUCGCUCCCAGGGGCCCGUCCCGUGCCUUUCCCCCGAGUGGCAGUGGCAGCCUGCUCUUCCCCACUGUGGUGCACGUGGCCCCACCCGCCCACCUGGAGAGCGGCAGCACAUCCAGUUUUAGCUGCUACCACGGCCACCGCUCGGUGUGCAGUGGCUACCUGGCCGACUGCCCGGGCAGUGACAGCAGCAGCAGCAGCAGCAGCUCUGGCCAGUGCCACUGCUCCUCCAGCGACUCCGUGGUGGACUGCACUGAGGUCAGCAACCAAGGCGUGUACGGGAGCUGCUCCACCUUCCGCAGCUCCCUCAGCAGCGACUAUGACCCCUUCAUCUACCGCAGCCGGAGCCCCUGUCGCACCAGUGAGGUGGGGGGCUCGGGCAGCUCUGGCCAGGGGCCUGUUGUGCACCUCGAGGGCUCCCUGCCACCUGAGGAGCUCGUGGCAGCCCACAGUCCAGGUGCUGGGCGGGGAGAGCCUUGGCCUGGCCCUGCCUCUCCCUCGGGGGACCAGCUGUCCACCUGCAGCCUGGAGAUGAACUACAGCAGCAACUCCUCCCUGGAGCACAGGGGGCCCACUAGCUCUACCUCAGAAGUGGGGCUCGAGGCUUCUCCUGGGGCCGCCCCAGACCUCAGGAGGACCUGGAAGGGGGGCCCUGAGGGGCCAUUGUGUGCCUGCUGCUGCGAGCCCCAGCCCUCCGCACUGGAGCCCAGCAUAGGAGCAGCUGAGGGCAGCACCUUGUUCCUGGGCCCCCCACUCUGUGAGGGCUGUGGCCCCACAGGUGGGGAGUCACAGCCAGGAAGCUCCCUGUACGGCCUUCACCCAGACCAUUUGCCCAGAACAGAUGGGGUGAAAUAUGAGGGCCUGCCCUGCUGCUUCUAUGAAGAGAAGCAGGUGGCCCACGGUGGCGGAGGCGGCGGCGGCUGCUACACUGAGGACUGCUCGGUGAGCGUGCAGUACACGCUCUCCCAGGAGGCCCUGCCCAGCUGCCACCCAGGGGCCCGGGACCUGAGCCAGCGCAUCCCCAUCAUUCCAGAGGAUGUGGACUGUGAGUUGGGCCUGUCCUCGGACUGCCAUGGGACCCAUGGCCUCGGCCCUUGGGGUGGGACGCUGGGCCCAGACGCCCUGCGGCCCCACAGGGGCCUGGGAGCAGCCCAGGAAGAAGAGCGGGUUCUGUGCUGCCAGGCCAGGGCACUGCUGCCCCCUGGCUGCCCCCUAGAGGAGGCAGGGGCCACCAGGGCCAGCUUUCCCAUUGGCCCCCAGGACACUCAGGAGUCCAACGCCACAGCCACUGAGGCUGCAGGACAGAGAUCCCGCCCAGCAGACGGUGGUGGCAGCACGGGUGCCUGAGCCCAGAAGGAACUCUGAUGUGGAAAUGGGAACUGUACGGAGACUCCAAACUCUGACUUCCUUCAGAAAAAAAAAAUUUUUUUUAGCUUUGACAAACACACAAAAGUGGUAAUAAAGAGAGCCCUCCUUCUCAACCCAAAAUGUGAGCCACCUGUGGCAAACCCUCCCCCCCACAAUUAACAAACCAACAGACAAAAUUCUCUGAGUCUUUUGCCUCUUUUGAUAACAUGUUAUUCUUCUGUUUUGUAAAGUGUGUGUGCUUGGGGUUCCGAGGUGUGUGGGAUUGAAUUCUCUGCUUUGUUUUUAAGAUAUUAUAUGUAAAUGUAAAAAGUUAUUUAAAUAUAUAUUUUAAAGAACUCUAACCGCCAACUUUUGCUGAAAAAAAAAUCACUGCUGCAUUAAUUAAACCACAUCAUGUGUAGAUACUGUUGUCUCCCCGGAGGGAGCUCAGGCCUUUGAAAAGCUCAGGGCUACACCUGCCUUAGAAAAUGAACCAGAAACUUGAAGUAAAGCUAGUUGAUAUGGGUACAAACUCUGAGGAACAAUGCAAUGCUGCCUCUUUCUUUCUCGUGGCAAAUCCCAGUGUACAAACUUUCAGGUUUUCUCAGAAGCCAUGCCUCUCCAGCCCACACCUUUAGGCAGCUGAUGGAAACAGCUAGGAAUAGUGGGGAAGGUCUGCAGCACUGGGGAGCCGGGAUAAGCCAUUGCUACAUAAGCCCCAGGGUGACAGGGACGGUUCUGCCCAGUGUCCUCAGUCUGUCCCCUCGGGUCAUCGUUCUAAGUAAAAGGACAGAGUUCACAAUCCUGAUCUUGGGCUUCCUGCCACUGGCUGCAGAAAUGCUUCGACGGGGUGUGUGGGGACAAACACCCAGGAAGAAGGUCGUUUUGCGGCCUUGGUGUCGGAUAGGGCUGGGAGAGAGUGCUCUCUAACCCGGAGAAGGGACGGAGGGCGCGCUGGAGCGUGCCUGUGCGCAUGCGUCUGUGUGGGCGCAGCCACGCCCCUCGGCUGCUGAGCCCUUGGGCUGCCUUCCUGGGGGCGCGAGGCAGGGCCCCCGCCGCGUCUGCACCGAGCUCCGCUUGAAGGAUACGUUUCCCAUCCCGUUUCCCUAGCGAAGCACCGCUUCAGGGUUAUUCAGCCCACUGCCUCAUGGCUGAAAGUGCUCAUCUCGCCUGCAAAUGUCUACUAUCCUUUCUACCUAAUGCACUAUUAUGUAUUGAUUCUCCAUGAGACAGAGAAAGAGACUAUCAGAUAGUUUAGACCCAAAGGGUAGGUUUUUGUAUAUUUUUCCAGCCUUUUGUUGUUGUCGUUUUUUAAGAGGGAGGGAGAGUUAAAAACCCAAAC